AUGGUUCAUAAAUUGAACAUUGACCCCCACCACCAACCAGUGAGACAAAAGCGACGAGCAUUCGAGCUAGAGCGGUAUGCCAUCAUCGGGGAAGAGGUCGGCAAACUCCUCGAAGCGGGUUUCAUCAAAGAAAUCUACUAUCUAGACUGGAUCGCCAACGUCAUUUUGGUGAAAAAAUCCAAUAGAAAGUGGUGGGUUUGUGUCAAUUACACUGACAUGAACAAAGCCUGCCCCACGGACAGUUUUCUCCUCCCACGGAUCGACCAGCUGGUCAACAACACUGCCGGGCAUGAACUCCUAAGCUUCAUGGAUGCUUACUCGGGAUAUAAUCAAAUCGCCAUGCAUCCCUACGACAAGCAGAAGAUGACCUUUGUCACCGACAAAGGACUCUACUACUACAAGGUCUAUACUAUCAUAGUCCCGACCAACCAACCCCUCCACCAGGUACUCCAAAAACCUGAAGUGUCGGGAAGACUCACGAAAUGGGCGAUCGAGCUCGGCAAGUUCGACGUUAAAUAUCAGCCCCAAUCCGCCAUCAAAGGCCAAGUUGUGGUUGAUUUUAUUGUCGAGCUUACAUGUAGAAACGACAUGGAAACUAGUCUAAGCAGCAAGACCGAUUAA